AUGGGGAUGGCCAAGCUGCGAGUGCUGUGCGCCGCCGUGGCACUGCUGUGCGCGGCACCGCCGGGGCACCCCGGCGCCGUGCUGCCCGCGGGCGAGGGGGACGGGUACGGGGUGAAGCUGUGCGGCCGCGAGUUCAUCCGCGCCGUCAUCUUCACCUGCGGCGGGUCCCGCUGGAAGCGGCUCUCCCUGCUGGCGGUGGAGCCGGCGCCCGCGGCCGAUUCUUCACAAACAGCAAGUAACAAACUACUGGGAAGCUUCAACCUGCAAUCAGUUUUGGAUCCUGAAGUGGAGCAGCUGCAGAGAAGCAGCCCAUUUCUUGGAUGGGAGACGUUUAAGGACUUGUAUAGUUUAAAUUACUAUAAUGAAUAUGUACCUGUGGCAGGAGACUUAAAAAAGCUUGUUCGCCAGGUAGAGGAAGCUGUUCAGAAGGACAGGGGGGGAACAGGAAAUGCAAAUCCUGUGGAAUCGAGCAGCUACCUUUGGGCCAGGUAUCCCAGAAGAAAACGGGAGUCUCUGGGUUUGGCAGGAAUGUGUUGCAAAUGGGGCUGUACAAAAGCUGAAAUUAGUACUAUAUGCAGAGUUUAAAAUCCUCUCUGCACUUAUGCAUGAAAUCAGUGUUUGUUGCAGUACUACUUGAUUGAUUACUUCAUGGAGGAAGAAAACUCUUGCUGUAUUUUAUCUUGUCUAUAUGUGCCAGUCAAUAUAGCUGGUUUUCCUUAAAAAAAAACCCAAAAUCAACAAA